GAGGGGCUCAGAAAUCACAACUUUUCGUCUCGUAAGAAAAUAAACCUAAAUUUUAUUUUCAAUUGCUAAGCCACAUUAACAGCAGAAUGAACUAAGUGAUAAGAUGUUUGAAAAUAGAGAUUAUAUUUCGUUGUCAGUGUCGGACGAUUCUGUGCGUAAAAAAAGCUUUAAAAGGCAAUGGAAUCAACUGUCAAGAUUUCAAAAAAAUCUUCUCCUGGUGAUUAUAUGUGCGGCCAUUGUCACAAUCGUUGUGUUAAUUCAAGGCCAAGACAAGUUAAAUCUCUUCAGAUCUUCAACCCCAUCAGACCAUAUCAUUAAAGUUAAUGAAAAAAUAAACAUUGUUCCAUUAAAAGAUGGUUUUCCAUCAAUAUUCCCACAACAAUUUCAACAGGAAGAUGAUCAACUUCCAAUACCUGGAGAGUGGGAUGAGUUUGACAAAGUUCGUCCAAUGAAUGAAGGAGCUGACAAAUUAAUCACCAACAAAGUGAAGAAAAACCUCGACAAUCCAGAUAAAACUGAUGAGAGUAACACUGACCAUGACAAUCAGAAAAAAUCUCAUAUUCGACCAAAAGAUAUUCAAAAUCAAAUUCAAGAAACAAAUACUCAAUUGAAUUUUAAGGGUCCUACGAAUGAAAGGCAGCGAGCUGUUGUUGCUGCUAUCAAACACUCAUGGACGGGUUAUCGAAACUUUGCAUGGGGACACGAUAAUCUUAAACCAAUAGCGCAAUCAUACAGCGAUUGGUUUGGGCUGGGACUACAAAUUAUUGAUGCUUUAGACACGCUAUACAUUGCAGACAUGCAAGAAGAAUAUGACGAAGCGAAACGUUGGGUUGAGUCAUCAUUAAAGCUCGAUAUAAAUCGCGAUGUUAAUCUUUUUGAAACAACAAUCCGUGUUCUCGGUGGACUCUUGUCAAUCUAUCAUCUUACAGGUGAAGAUGUUUUCCUAUCAAAAGCUAUUGAUUUAGGGAAUCGAAUGAUGCCGUGUUUUGAUUCUCCUUCGUCCAUUCCAUAUUCGGAUGUUAAUCUUGAAAGUAUGAAAGCACAUGCACCGAAAUGGUCACCAGAUUCGUCGACGAGUGAAGUCACAACAAUUCAAUUAGAGUUUCGAGAUUUAUCUCGAGUGUCCAACGAUCCUUCUUAUGAAGCUGCUGCUGCUAAAGUCAGUGAAAAAGUUCAUAAUCUUCCAAAGACAGAUGGACUCGUUCCCAUCUUCAUAAACGCCAACACUGGGACCUUCAGAAAUUUCGCAACAAUUUCGCUUGGUGCACGAGGCGACUCAUAUUACGAAUAUUUAUUGAAGCAAUGGCUUCAAACUGGGAAAAAAGAAAAUAAUUAUCUUAUCGAAGAUUAUCAAGAAGCGAUAGCUGGCGUUAUUAAACAUUUGAGACGUGAAACUCCCAACGAACAUCACGUGUAUGUCGGUGAAUUGAUAAGCGGAAAAGAUUUCAAACCAAAAAUGGAUCACUUGACAUGUUAUUUACCUGGAACAUUGUUGCUUGGCUAUAAGAAUGGAAUGCCUCAAUCUCAUCUAACAUUAGCCAAUGAUUUGCUUGAGACUUGUUAUCAAAUCUACAUGAAACAACCGACACAUUUGUCACCUGAAAUUGCUUACUUCAAUUUGGAAGGUGAAAGUUCGACAGAUAUUUAUGUGAAAGCAAAUGACGCACAUAAUUUGCUUCGUCCGGAGUUUGUUGAAAGUUUGUAUUACUUUUAUGCACUAACUGGCAAUAAGACGUAUCAAGACAUGGGCUGGACGAUUUUUCAAGCGUUUGAAAAGUACACGAAAGUGACGCACGGCUACACGUCCAUUGGUAAUGUUAAAACGCCUUUGAACCUUCGACCUAAAGAUAUGAUGGAGACAUUUUGGCUUGGCGAGACACUUAAAUACUUCUACUUGUUGUUUAGUGACGAUCGAAAUGAAAUCGACUUGGAGAAGUUCGUUUUUAACACAGAAGCACAUUUAAUACCAAUACGAGACCACAGUUAAUUUGGAACAAUACGCUUAGUGAAUAUUUGAAUGUUAAUUUAUUAUUAUGAAUGUUCUGGAUCAGCAUAGAAUAAUUAAUUUUUUUAAAUCUUUAUUUAACCACAUUGUGAUUAAUUAAGCUCGACUUUGAAAUCUGCAUGAAAGGAACAAAAAUGUUAUCUUGAUGUUUAAGAUGCGCUAAGACAAAACAUAAUUAAGGAAAGAAUUUUACCAAAAUAGCUUUGUAUUAAUUCAUUAGUUAUUAAUUUAAAGAAAAUAUUUGAAUUAAAAUACAAAACUCAAUGAUCAAUGUCGUUUAGAGGCGAAUUAACAUUCUUUAGUUGGGCCUAAUUUACCUCGAUGAUAUUUUCUGAUAGCAUUAUGAACGAACAACGUUUAGUUAGUUUAAUAUUCGAGUUAUUGAGGGCAUUUCUCUAAUUAAUUAAUAAGUGACUUGAUAAUUUAAUUCUAUAAAUUUCUCGCUACGAAUACAUUUAAGAACUUUUUUUCUUUUUCUAUUGUAAUAAAAUAAAAUCAAACUCUAGUCUUGAGGUUGACGAUUUUGUAAGUAAAUAAAAUGACUUGAAACU